CGCCUCCGCGGUCGCAAACCCGGAAGAAGCCUCUGGUUGCUGGACUGUACCGGCCGGCUUGGCAUUGCCAUGCAGCCCGAGGAGGUAGGUCUGGUUCCGGCUCCAGCGAGGGAGCCGAGACUGACCCGCUGGCUGCGGAGAGGCAGUGGGAUCUUGGCGCACCUGAUAGCUUUGGGCUUCACCAUCUUUCUGAUUGUGCUGUCCCGGCCAGGAACCAGUCUUUUCUCCUGGCACCCUGUGUUCAUGGCCUUGGCGUUCUGUCUCUGCAUGGCUGAAGCCAUCCUGCUCUUCUCGCCUGAGCACUCCCUGUUCUUCUUCUGCUCUCGAAAGACCCGGAUCCGACUCCACUGGGCAGGGCAGACCAUGACCAUCCUCUGUGCUCUCCUGGGCUUGGGCUUCAUUAUCUCCAGCAAGAUCCGCAGUGAGCUGUCCCAUCUGGCAUCCUGGCAUAGCUGGGCAGGAGCGCUGACACUGCUGGCCACUGGGGGACAAGCACUGUGUGGGCUUGGCCUCCUCUGUCCACGGGCAGCCCGGGUCUCCAGGGUGGCUCGCCUCAAGCUCUACCAUCUGACAUGUGGCCUGGUUGUCUACUUGAUGGCUACAGUAACCGUGCUCUUGGGCAUGUACUCAGUGUGGUUCCAGGCCCAGAUUAAAGGUGCAGCCUGGUACCUGUGCCUGGCACUACCAGUGUACCCGGCCCUGGUGAUCAUGCACCAGAUCUCCAGCGCCUACUUGCCAAGGAAGAAAGUGGAAAUGUGAAUGCCUCAGAACUCUGAACCUAGGUGAGAUUCUCUCCUUGGACUUCAGCAGUUCCUUGAUCUUCACGGGACCCACUUCAGAAGCAGACGAAUUUUUGCACUUCAUGGCUAAGCCACAGACAGGGUGCAGAAACCCUAGCUGCUACUGCUGAGGGAUGGAAUUUUUGCACUUCAUGGCUAAGCCACAGGGUGCAGAAACCCUAGCUGCUACUGCUGAGGGAUGAUCUGGUGGGUUCCAAUGGGGAAGUGUACUACUGGGUGCAAGUAGAAGGUUCUGGAGAACCUGAAGCCUCACUUUUGAUGGGAUACAGAAGCAUUAGGUGGUGGUGGUGAUGGUGAUGGUGAUGGUGGUGAUUACUUAUGUGCCUGAUGAAGAGCUGGAUUCCUGUUGGUUAUGAAUGACAGUCACAGACAUCGGGGUCCCUUUUGGAAAAGCAGUACUGUGGUCUCUUAGGCUGUGUUGUACAGUCAACCUUAGACACGUUUCAUAUCUCAGGACCUCAGUUUCCCCAUCUGAAAGUCCCUUACCUUUAACAUUCAGUGUCUGGCAGAUGGUUGUCACUGAAUACCCUCUUAGCUCUGGACCAUGCGGACAGCUCAGGAUGUAAUUCUUUCAUCCAUUCUUCCUUGUACCCUUCAGAAAUCUGUGCUGACUUGACUCCUGAGCCAAGGAACAAGGGCCAUGAACUGUGGAAAGAAGGGGCCAAGGUGAGGGUCCCCUGGACAAUAAGAUAGUGAAGGCACUAAAGUCACUUUGAAGUUCUUGGGAGGAACAGGAGGGCAUUGGCCUUAGCCAAGCCCUGGACUCUUGGAUUCCUUAGCUCAGCUAAGGGCUUCCUUCAGGCUACCUCUGGGUCUAGAUUGUAGAAUCUGGGUGUGCUCUUGACAUCAUUCUCAGGGCAGAGUAGUUCUGGGCAUCUUAUACUUUGCUCUUAGGGCUUAGAGUAUUUACUUAGCACAUUGCUCCAGGGAACUAUUCUGAAGCUUUUAGAACAAAAUAAAAACCAGGGAGUGGGGCCCUCUUGAUCCAAGGAACAUCGUGUCUCCCUGGUUGCCCGUCUCUCCUUGUCAUUUAACUUCUCCUUAGUUGUUGUCUCCUGCCAGCCCCUUGGCUUGAGAAUGGGAUGAUUUCAGUACCGACUGGGCUCUCUUCCCUGCCAAGAUACCUCCUUGGUCCAGCUGAGUUCCCCAGAGCAUCCUUGUUGGUGAGGGCUAGAUGUCAAAUUAGUUAGCUAUGGUGUGGGUCUGUCCAGGAGAUGGGCCCUCUGUAGAGCCUAAUAAGGACUGGAUACUGCUGAACCAGGAAAGGUACCAUGCAGCUUUCCACCUGGGAGACAGAGCCCAUCAGAGACUCUGGGAGGCCUGCAGUAUAGGGGCUGGAGCUCCAGGUCCAGAGACAAAGGAAAAGUGUCUGUCUCAUGUCUCGGAUCCUCUGAAGAUUUAAGGCCUCUUCUCCAAGUGGCUCAGGAACAAGGUGGGUGGGAUUCAAUAGUUCAAGAAUGGGGACUGUAGGGCAGAAGUGUCCUCUCAGUGGACCUCACGAUGCUUUUCCUCAGGGAGAUAGCAUCUCUCAUAAGCUCUCUAAAUACAGCUCACUGAACAGAGGCUCCUGUAGUGCGGAGGGGAACCAUUCUUGUCUUUUUCAAUGCCCUGUCUCCCUCUCAAGCUGUCCAAUGUGCUGUGAGCUUGGAAUGGUUACUGGGCCACAUGAAAGAGGUUCUCACUAGGGUGACUUUGAUGCAGGGCUCCAUCUCCUCCCCUCAUCAAGGCCAGUGCUGGGGCCUCCCUAGGGCGGGCCAGGUAAGGUUCAGCAGCUUGUUCUCAGAGCACAGAGGCAAUGCCGGGAAGCCGGGGCCUGCCUGAGGUGUUGCCUCCUCCCAGGUGGU